AUGUAUAAGACACAGGAAGACGGCAUCCGCCCAGUUUUUGUGAUCGGCUGCCCACGGUCGGGCACGACGCUGAUCGGCCAAUUCAUUGCUACAGCGCCUACCCUACUAAACGCGGGCGAACUAUCGGCUAUGUAUUUCACGCACGACGUGGCAGAGAAGGAAUACACGCGAGUACCUUCGCAGUACAAGGCAGAAUACCUAAGCGACCUACGCGCGCAUUCGGCGCAGUUUAUGCGCAAGUUGUGCUCUCGCGAAGGAAAAUUGGGAUUUGUAGAAUCAACACCAUGGAACAUGCGGGUGCUGCCGACGCUUGUUGGGGCUUUCCCGGAGGCAGUCUUUGUGGUCUGCAUCCGGCACUAUGCCGGCGUGAUCCAGAGCCUGCGCAGUUCGUGGGAACAGGGUUACAAAUGGGCCGGCCCCACCGACAUUCAGCGCGCGCAGCUCUGGACCGAAAUGAACGGUUAUAUCGACCGAUUACCCAUGGAUACGACGAUAUUUUUUUCUUACGAUGCCAUGUGCAGGGAUCCUGCAGCCUCCGUGUCGGAACUAGAACAGCAAUUACGCCUGAAAGAUGUGAAUGGUCCGUUCGACCGCUCUGUCUUUGCGGACAGCCAUGCGUCAUCUCCGGCAAGGCCCAAGGUGGCUUCCAAGAGCGCUGAGGGUAAAAGCGAGAUGCAAUCCAUUUCUGCUUAUAACACAGCCGCCUGGAGCACGGCAGAUGAAGCGGUGGUGUGUGAGGUUGUGGCCCCAGCUAUUGACAAAAUUGCCCGGAUCUCUAGAAUACAAAUAUCGCCGGUGCAUGCCGGGCAAGCCUGGCAAGCCUCGCUUUCGCCGUCGCCACUUUAUAGUCCAUGA